GAGUACGAUAUAAUAAAACUGCGUCAUCUGCAGGAGUAAAGAAAAUUCAAAUUUGACAUAACAGCAAUUCCCUCCAUUUUGGAGCGACAUCUGCAUAUAAUCUGGUGCAUGUUUGUUUUGAUUGGCUUGUUGUGGACGUUGGUGUGAAGUUCUUAAUAAGUUGAGUUAAAAGUUGAAUGCAUAACAUAAAACCAUGUUUCAAACACCGAAAAGAAAUAAGUUGAGAUCCAGGGAAGACAGCGGUGUAAAAUUGACUCCAGACGAUAGGAUAUUAAAAGUAAAAUGCCCGAACUCAGUAGACAAAGGAAGUGCUUUAGCAGAAGCAAGACGAGGUAGACCCAACGCUGAUUUAUUAAAUACCCUGAUUAUGGAGGGAUCCACUUCUCCUAGUUCCAUUAAAUGUAAAUACUGUGGGAGAGUUUUUCCCAGGGAAAAGUCGCUACAAGCUCACCUUAGGACCCAUACAGGGGAACGGCCUUAUAGAUGUGACUACCCUCGUUGCACAAGAAAAUUUGCCCAGUCGGGACAACUCAAAACUCACCAAAGGUUGCAUACAGGUGAAAAACCAUUUAUAUGUGCAGCUCCUAACUGUACUAAAACAUUUACACAUGCCAAUCGACACUGUCAAGACCAUCCGGACUAUUCUCUUAAAAGGCUGAAUGCAAAACCUGAACCUAAUCUUAAUAAAAAGUAUGAUGAAACUCACAACGCAGAAGUAAAAGAAUGGUUGCUACAAUGGGAUAAAAGAAAUACAUCAUCUAGUGCCAAAGAAAAUUUUGACACAACACCAAAAAAAUCGAUGUUUCAACAAGAAGAUUCAGCUUGUUGUUUAGAAGGAUCCUCAUUCUUUUCCAGUAGCUCGAAAUCCAGUUUAAUGGAUGAUAUUGAAAACUCACCAAAGUCUGAUACAGAGUAUAGUUUUAAUCCCAGUAGUUUAGGACAAGAAUUACAGUCUUCACCAAAAAGAACACCUUCAGAAUUACCUAAAAAACGUUGGUUAAGAGAAGCAGUGCAGAACCAGAAUCUCUGGGAAUCAACUAUAGAUUUAGCCUCACCUAUCAAUUGGGGAGAUGAGACUUAUCCUGAACCUGAGAGGAGGAGUGAAACAGCACAUACCUUUAAUGAAAAACAGGAUCGCCCCUCUGUAUUAGUUUGUGUCCAAGGUGGAAAAAGUAAAGAGAUUUCAAGCGAUGAAAUAGAAGGAGCCAUGGCUCUUGUAGAAUUAAAAAACAGCAUUAACUAUAGGAUUUAGUUGCCAAUCCUUCAGCUGCAGAAACACGCAAAAAGUAUUUCAUGACUUCCAAAGACAGCCUCGAAGAUUAAAGACGACAUUGUAUUGUAAGCAAUUUGUAUAGGGGUUAUCACUAUGUUUAUAGUUUUUUUUUUUUCAAAGUAUUAAUUCUAAGGUUCUGAAAAAUUAUUGGAAAAAAGUGAGUAUGUGAAAUAGAUGUAGAAAAAAUUUAUUGAACU